AUGCUGUUGCGGGACUUCGACUACCUCGACGCGCAGCCGAAGUGCGAACUCGUGGAGAACUUCUGCAAUGAAACGGAGCUGCUGGACGAGGUGUACACCUUUGAGAAACAGACGAAGCGGCUGCAGCAAGACGUCGGCUUCUUCCUCACCGUCGACGAGGGGAUCACGACCGACAGUCAGGGACGGGACCACAAUUUGACCGAGCUGGCGAACAAGUACCAGUAUCCUGUGCAAAAGUAUCGUACUCGUAGUAAUUGCAGUCAUGAAUUACAAACUUUUUUCCUAAGGUAAAUCCGCAUGACAACUUUUGUUGCUCACGCUGAGGGAAUUUGUAAUGCAUUCAUGCGAGUGCGAUACUUUUGCAAUGCAUAACCAGCUGGGGAUGCGCGUCACCUUGACCUGCAAUGAGGCCGAGUAUUACUACUACAGCUACGGCACGGAGAACUACGAGUGCGUGCUGUCCAGCUUGUACGACGAGCCCGCGAGCCCCUUCGACGUGGUUGCCUACCCGGAAAAACCGGGGCACAUCCCCAGCACGAACCUCUCCAUGUACUACCGGCGGAAUACCACCAUGUGGGUCCAGUACGACAAGGCGAACAAAAGGUCCACCGUAUCCCGUGGAAAAACAUGCCCACCCCAGAGUUGUCAUGCAAUUCUGCAUGCCAAAAAAGUUUCUCAUGCGGAGUCCUAUGAGAAGCAUUUUCGUUUCGUGUUUUGGGAUUUCGAUUUGUGAUGCUAGGAUCAGGAUGCUAUGCUAGAUCUGUGAUGCUUCUGAGCUAGCUAAACAGGAUCACACUAUGAGGACAAACUUGUCAUGCCAAACCACCAAAGCUGUGUGAUUUGUCGUAGCAGAUUUCCCAUCUUAACUCUGGUGUGGGGACGUUUUUAAUCAGGAUACACCAACACGCCCUGGCACCCCUUGCACUGCCGGUCGGACCGCCCCAUGGUGCCGGACUGGAACUUCUUCGAGAACACCUGCUGGUUCACGCACGACGGUUUAUCACAAAAAAAAUCCCCCCUCCCCACAGCCACAUCAAAACGAAACUUCUGAUGCUGGAUUUGCGUACACAAAUCAGAUUUGUCUUGCAGUACAGGACUGCAGGCCCAUAUCAUGCCAGAGUAGAAAGGUUGCGGCCUUGGCACUUAGCAUGAAGAGCGUCUAUGCUGUAGGCCCAAAAGCAUUACAAACCGCCUGCAUAAUGGGGCGGAGCCUGUGGCGUUGCUUUCUUGCAAGACCGACGCGAUUUGUGGUCACAAAUCAGCAUUGCAAAUUUUCUGCGGCGUCCCUUUUCGAUAUGGGAAGGGGGAGCUUUCCCUUUUGAUACGGGUACAACCAGCCCCACAACUGGUUCGUCACCGUGCCCAACAACCCGCAGACCGGCACCUGGUGCGUGUGGGUGAAGAUCAACCAGGCGAUCCGCACUGGGGACAUUUGGCGCACCUACGACUCGGUGAACAAGCUCUCCUGGGAGAUGAAGAAACUCGACCACGGGCUCUACGAGGUGUACGUCACCGUCGGGGUGGGGCAGAUCCCCUACUACUUAGAGAACGCCGGGCGCCCGGUGGAUUGGAUGGGCUACAUCAACAACACCAACAGCUGGCAACACUUGUGCUACGUCUGGUACAUGCCGGGGUCCUCCGGGUACGCGGAGUUUUACAUCAACGCCCUGAAGUCCACGACCCUGAACGGCGCCGAACUGCUGACCAACUUCGCGUUCCAGCACAUCGGGACCCGCAUCCAGCUGGGCGAGUUGGUCACCGCAUGGCAGGCACCGCGGCUGUACAAUUACCGACUUACCGAGGACCAGAUCUUCGACCUCUACAAGUACG